UUUUUCCUUCUUCAGAGAAAAAAAGAACAGAAGAAGAAAAGUCUUCAGCUUUUGUCUUUUUAGCGCUUCUUUCUUGAUAUCUUAACAAUAACUAUGACUCACAGAGGAAGUACUUCAGGCAUGGGUUCUAAUCAAGGACCUGGCUUCGUUGGAAUCAAGUUUUGCCAAGAAUGUAAUAACAUGUUGUACCCAAAAGAAGACAAAGAAAAUAAAAUAUUGCUUUACGCUUGCCGUAACUGUGACUACCAACAGGAAUCAGAUAACACUUGUAUUUACGUCAACAAGAUUACCCAUGAAGUCAAUGAAAUGACACAAAUAGUUGGAGAUGUCGUAGCUGAUCCAACUCUCCCAAGAACAGAUGAUCACGAAUGCAAACAGUGUGGCAACAGAGAGUCAGUAUUUUUUCAGUCACAGUCAAUAAAAGCAGAUCAAAUGAUCCUGUACUAUGUCUGUACUUCACCAGAUUGUGGUUUUAAAUGGACUGACUAAAAAUUCCAAAAACUGCUCAAAACAGAAAUUGUUUUUAUAGUUGUGCUACCAGCCUCUUCUAAACCAUUCCUGGCAUCAGUACUACAUAAUGCCUUUCCUUUACUUCAGUAAAAUCAUUCAUCUCAUGGUUUAACCCAAAGAACAUUUCCAGUCACAUAUUAACAAAAUCUCCAUCUUCAUUGAACAGAAUAUUUUUUGAUAAUAUAUUUAGCUUUUGAUUUUAAUUUUCAUUACCUCAAAAUUGGAAUGUUUGUAAUGAACAGAAAGACA